CGAUUCAAAAUCGCAAAACCCUAAACUUAAGAGCGCCGGAAGUUUUCCUGCUCUUGUUCGCUCUUCCGAUGGCCAAGAAGAAAAGCAAUCCCACCGCGGCGGCGGCCGUCGUAGGAGGAGACUUGGAAGGGAGGCUUGAGAGCCUCAGGGAUCUGAACCAGAUCCUCCUCAAGGAAAUGGUGGAGCGGCGGGAGCAAGUGAGAGACCUCCAAUCCUGCGUCGACCGCCUCUCUGAAGAUCGCUUCCUCUUCAUCGAUAUUGACCGAAGUUUUUCUGAUCUCGUCGUCACCUCCCGGAUAACUGAGAUCGCGGCCGAGAGGUCGGAGGCGGAGGCAGCUCUGGCCGCCGUGCAGAAGAUGCUGGAAGCUGUCACCAGCGAGAGGGAUGCAGCGAGGGGAGAUCUUCAUGCGGUGUUGUCUGAGAAGGAUUCUGCCCUAGUUGAGCUUGACCGUGUGAAGCGGGAAGCUGAGAUCCGAGAUGUGAACGCCAGGGCGGAGGCCGAGAGGCAAAGGUGUGACCUUGAGCAGACGAUGAUGCUUAUCCGAGAUCUCGAAGCUGAUAAGGUCACCAUGGAAGAAAAUGCUAGGUCGAUGAAGAAGGAUCUUAGUAUCACUUAUGAUCAGUUGCAGAUGAUUCAAGUAGAGAAGGGUGAGAUCGAGAAAGAAUUGCAGGGACUGGUAUCCGAAAGUGCCACAUACAAAAGGGAUCUCAACACAGUGUCGAAGGCAUUAGAAGAGGCUCAGGAGAAGAUUGCGAGUUGUCAAGUGGACAAUGUUGGUCUCAGAGAGCAGAUUUUGAGGAUGCAGCUUGAAUUUGAGGCGGAUAGAGCUGAUUUGAUUGCAGAGGUGGACGGAUUGAAGGGAAGGCUCCAUAACAUCGAACUAAAGAAGGAAGAGACAGUGGAAGAAAAGAUUAGUCUUGAAGCUAAAGUUGCUCAUCUACAAGGAAUUGUUUCAGAGCAACAAGCUGAAAGAGAUUUGACCUUGCAGAAGCUUGCCGAAGAAGAGGAAUUGAAGGCUCUAGUCAUAGAGGAAAGGUUGCAUCUUAAAGAGGAGAAAGAAAAAUUGCAGCUCGAGCUCAAGUCACAGAAAAAAAUGUAUGAAUUGAAGCUAGAUGAUUUGCAGGAGACAGUUAGGAAGAUCGAAGAAGCGAAGGAUGAAAUUGAUGGAUUGAGGUGUAAGCAGGCGUCAGAACUUGUCAAUCUGGAGAUGAUAACAUCUAUGCUCCAAGCUGAAAAGCAAUCAGCCAUUAAUGACCUUAAUCUCGUGGUGAUUGAAAUCCAUGGCCUGAGGCUGCAGGUGGAGGAGCUAAAGAAUGAGCUUCAUGAUGAGAAGGGAAAAAUUGAGAGCCUCAGGGUUCUGAACCAGCUCGCCCUUAAGGAAACAGUUGAAAGGCGAGAUCAAGUGAAAGACCUCCAGUCCCAAUUAGCUGAGCUUACUGCAGAGAAGGUGAAAUUGGAAUCUGUCGUUGGCAAAAGGGAUUCAGUGAUAAGGGAUCUCAAUAUUGCAGUGUCAGAGAAGGAUUCUGCCCUAUUUGAGCUUGACAAUUUGAAACAAAGGUGGAGGGAGGAUGCAAAGAGGCAAAAGUGGGAGCUUGAGCAGAAGAUGAUUCUUAUUCAAGCCUUUGAAGCCGAUAAGGCCGCAAUGGAGGAAAAAGCCAUGUCAUUGGAGAAGGAUCUCAGAAGCACUUAUGAUCAGUUGCAGAAAAUUCAAGCAGAGAAAGUUGAGAUUGAGAAAGAUAUGAAGGGAAUAGUAUCCGAGACCGCCGCUUACAAAAGAGAUCUCAACACAGUGUCAAUGGCAUUGGAAGAGGCUCAGGUGAAGAUCGCAAGUUGUCAAGCUGACAACUUUUCUCUCGCAGAGCAGAUUGCAAUGUUGCAGCUUGGAUUUGAUGCGGACAGAAUAGCUUUGAUUGCAGAGGUGGAUGUGUUGAAGGAAAGGCUACAUAACAUCAUAGGAACAAAGGAAGAGAUGGAGGAAGCAAAAGUUCGUCUUAAUGCUAAGUUUUCUGAUCUACAAGUUGAGAAGGACAUGAUAUUGUUGAAGCUCGCUGAAGAAGAGAAAUUGAAAUCUCUGUUCGUGGAGGAAAUUGAGAGAUUGAAGUUGGAGUUUGGCUACCUUCGAAAGGAGAAUGAAAAAUUGAAGCUUGAGAUAAAUUCACAGGAAAGGUUGUUUGAAGAAGAGAUUGAUGGUUUGCGAAAGACAAUUAGGAACAUCAAAGCAGCGAAGGAUAAGAUCGAUGGAUUGUGGGCUAUGCAGGAGUUGAAAGUUGUUGACCAGCAGAAGCAAAUUUCAAUACUUCAAGCUGAAAAAGAUUCAGCCAUCUGUGACCUCAAUCUCAUGAUCAAUGAAGUUGACGGCCUAAGGCUUCAGGUCGAGGGACUAAAGAAGGAGCUUUGCAACUCUGAGGCUGCACUCGAUAGACUUAAUGCCGAGAAUACGCUCAUGAAAGGGGAUGUUGAUUCAUUGGUUGCAGAAAAGUCUGCAGUCCAAGAGAUGGCAAGGGUUACUAAUGAAAACUUUGCCAAGGUAUUGUGCCUCUUAAAGGCUACUUCCGAGAAGAUCAUCGAACAAGAAAUUAUGGAACUUGAACAGGAUUCAGGUGAGGAUGUUCUGAAUGCAGCCAUAGAUGAUUUGAAGGCAAUUGAGGUGACUUUUGAGAAGAAGGCGGCGAAGAUCAACGAGAUGGAGCAAGAACUGGAGGUGCUGCAAUGUGCCAGGGCUGAGUCUGAGAAGAAAGCCGGAGUGUUGUGUUGGGUUUGUCCGGGAAUUGCUGCCGUGUUGGCUGCCAUUUCUUAUGCCUUGGGAGUCAGCAGCCGCUAAGGCAAACUCAAGAAGCGACAGGAUUUUAGCUCGAACGCAGACGAGGAUUCAAGGCGAUGAAAAUCGAACCUAGAAGCACGGAUUGGAGCCAGGGGGAGCUUCUAGGGUUACUGCAGCCGUUGAGCCACC